AUGCUCCGUUUUCCUGCAGCCAUCAAGUUUCCAUCUUCCCGUCACCAGCCGUCGACUAGCAUCCGACUGCCGUCAUCCCGCCGGCGACCCGCAAUGGGCAUCGCGCGCACGUGGAACGUGGAGUCGACGGUCAAGGUCGCCUUCGCCGUGGUCGUCGGCAGCACGCUCGUCAGCUCCUACCUUUACGCGAGCAAGUUGAAGGCGCAAGCAGCAGCAGGGCCACCGAAGAAGUGA